UAAGGUGUGAAUUCUAUUUCAAUAUUUUAUAAUUAACACUCGAUUUUCAAGUGAAGUGUAAAUUAUAUUUGAAAAUAGAUUUUCACUUAAAUAUUGAUGAGUUCUGGUUUACAAGAGAGUGAGUUCAAAGAGAGUUUUUGAUAAGUUUGAUAAUAAGAAGCCAUGCUUAGAUUUAAAGGUUGGUGAUUUUGUAAAUUUAGGAACAUUUCACCAAACAAACAAAAAUAUUCCUUGACAGCUGUAUCGAUACUGGGGUAUUAAUAGUAUAUUGGGUUAGUUUGAAAUUUCUUUUGUUAUAAGAAUUCCAUCAUCUAAGAAUAUUGUACAUAAUAUUGUUCAAGAUCAAAACUAUUUGGAAGCCACUGUGUAAAGAAAAAUUUAAGAAUCUCCUUUUGCUUAGUAAAUGUGUGUGGAGUACAGUUGCAGUCUGAAUUCAGAAGAAUAGAAGAGGGUAAUCCAUUAAAUUACAUGUAAGGCAGCUUUUAAUCUGUACAUGCAUAUAUGUAGGUUUCUGAAAUCUUUUCCAUUUAUAAUUCUCAACUAUGCUCAAACAAUGCACAGCAAAAAGUGGUGGUUAGAUCUUUGACACUUGUGGCAUAACUACUGUACUAGAAAUGGAAACAUAGCUUAUAAUGUUUCUGCUACUUGGCUACAGUUAGCUGAGACAUCAUAGGUAUUUUCAAAUGAUGUUUGCACUCGGUGAUUUCAAAGCAAGGUUUACAUAUGAUUGUCAAUUGCGUUAUACACUUUUCUCAAAACAUUUUUAUAUCGUUAUAAGUUGUACAUGUACAUGUGUUCUCAUUCUUAGUGUAUAAUCCCUAAUGAGACAUUGUUUUAGAAAAAAAUUAUAUUUGAUAAGUUUACCUUUGCUUUAAUAACCCCCCAACCCCAACCCUCUGGAAAUUCCAGUUAAGCUCCAUACAUUCCAACCUAUAAUUUUUUAUUUUCUGGACACGCCAGUAUCGUCUAGGAUUUCCUAUGACUUUCCAUGGCAAAUUUAUAGUUAAUAAGUACUUCUACUUAAUAUCCUAUAUUCGCAGUCAGCUAAUUAUGUCCGCUGUCAUUUUCUUUACAAGUAACAAAUUUUUUUAAAAUAGAUCAUCCUUAUAACCAGCAAACAGUGACAUGUACAAGAAAAGUGAUUAUAUCAAUCUUGGAGCCUUCAGUCCAAAACUGCAAAUAGAUCUCUCUCUUUCCACGAUAGCUGGCAUUUCUGUGAAAAUGAAUAUUUAGACCCCAUAAAUUUAAUGUAGUUCUUUCAUUAAUUCUUUCAGAUUCUCGUCCUCUUCACAGAGGCUCUCCCAUGGCUUCUCCGCACAGGAAUUCCCCUGUGUCCUUUUCACAUAGUGGGCAUAGCACUGACAGCGACAGCAGCAUUGCCAGCGCACAAUAUCUUUUCACUGAUGUCGCUCACAGCAAGGACCUGGUAACUGCCCUCAGGUUUUUACGUCGAGAUGAAGACUUGUGUGACAUCGUGUUGAGAGUUGGCAGUACUAGUAUUUCAGCUCACAAAGUUGUUUUGGCUGCAAGUAGUCCAUACUUUAAAGCUAUGUUUGCUGGGGGCCUCUCAGAGAGUCGGCAGAGCACUGUGACAUUACAAGAACUUGACGAACGUGCAAUGGAAACCAUGGUAGAUUUUUUCUAUAGUGGUGAAAUUGAGAUUUCAGAGAACAAUGUUCAGGACCUUCUACCAGUGACCUGUGUUCUGCAAGUGCAAUCUGUGCAAGAGGCUUGUUGUGAGUUCCUGAAAAGGCAACUUAGCUCUGAGAACUGCCUUGGAAUUAGUGCUUUUGCUGAUCGGCACGGUUGCACAGCUUUAGUGUCAUCUUCAGAAUCAUUUGCUAGGCAACACUUUAUUGAUGUUGUUCAGAGUGAAGAGUUUAUGGAAAUCUCUGCUAAGCAGUUGACACGACUCUUGUCUGAUGAUGACCUCAACAUCCAAUCUGAGGAGCGAGUGUUUGAAGCUGCUUUAGCAUGGAUCAAAUAUGAUGCUGAUGUGAGACAGGAAUCUGCCCCUGAAAUCCUCAGCAAUGUUAGGUUUCCUUUGCUGUCAGCGGAAUUUCUAAUGGAUAGAGUAGCAACAGAGGAAAUUAUCAGAAACAACAGAGCCUGCAGUGAUCUUUUGCUGGAGGCCACAGAAUGUCUUCUUAUUCCCAAGCGAAAAUCUCAGAUGCACAAUCACAGAGUAGCUCCCAGGAGACCAACAUCUGUCAAUCAUGUGCUGUAUGCUAUUGGCGGAAUGAGCCGCAGGGAAGCCAGUAAAAGUGGAGAGAAAUAUGACCCCAAAGAAAGAAAAUGGAAAACUAUUGGCGACAUGAACAUUUGCCGUUGGGGUGCAGAUGUGGGUUCAUUGGGGCCGUUUCUUUACAUCUGUGGAGGCAGUGACGACUCCUCCCGGCUGGAGACAGUCGAGAGGUUUGACCCGUUUGCUAAUGUGUGGGUACCGUCUGUGCCCAUGUCGUCGAGUCGCAAUGGUGUUGGUGUCACAGCUGGGAGUGGGAGGAUAUAUGCAUUAGGUACGUCAUGUAGGACGCCUUUCCAUUGAUUGGUUUGUAAAGCUCGUAUGACUACUUUACCCAAUCAGGGCGAAGGCCAUUUUUUCGGUUUAUUAUUGCGCUUUUCAAUUGAGUAUCGUAAAACCAAAACCAAGUGAUUACUUUCAAUUGGCCAAUCACAAAGGACACACAAUUCAGUGAACCAAUGAAAAACUCGAAGCAAACAUAUGUAGCCGACGCAGAGCGCGGGAAAACGCGAGCUAGCGUGUCACGUUUUCUUUUGUUUUAACUUCUCAUUGAUUGAGAAAGUGG